CGGUGGCGGCGGUGAACAAAGAGGCGGCGGGCACGGGCCACCGAGAGAAGCCGAGCGCAGCCGAGCGCAGCCGAGCUGGGCCGAUCCGGGCCGGGCCGGGCCCAGGAGCGCGCGGGCUAUGCGGGCUGCCAGGCCGGGGUCGACGGGCCCCUGAACCCGGCGCCCCGGACCAGCGAGGAGCCCAGCCGCGGCCGCGCGCCCGAGGCGGCCGGCCCGCCAUGGCCGGGGUCAGCUACACGGCGCCCUGGUGGGUAACCCUCCUGCACCGGCUGCCGCACUUGAACCUGCGCUGGGAGACCACCAGCAGCCAGUUCCGACCCGAGGACACAGACUACCAGCAGGCCCUUCUGCUGCUGGGCGCCGCCGCGCUGGCCUGCCUGGCCCUGGACCUCCUCUUCCUGCUCUUCUACUCCUUCUGGCUGUGCUGCCGCCAGCGCAAGAGCGAGGAGCACCUGGACGCUGACUGCUGCUGCACCGCCUGGUGCGUCAUCAUCGCCACGCUGGUGUGUAGCGCCGGCAUUGCCGUGGGGUUCUAUGGCAACGGGGAGACCAGCGACGGCGUCCAUCGGGCCACUUACUCGCUCCGCCACGCGAACCGAACGGUGGCAGGGGUCCAGGACCGUGUGUGGGACACGGCCGCCGCCCUGAACCGCACGGCGGAGCCCAGUCUGCAGAGCCUGGAGCGGCAGCUGGCCACACGGCCUGAGCCCCUGCGGGCGGUGCAGCGGCUGCAGGGGCUGCUGGACGCACUGCUGGGCUACACAGCUGCCAUCCCGUUCUGGAGGAACCUGGCCGUGUCCCUGGAGAUGCUAGCCGAGCAGGUGGACCUCUAUGACUGGUACAGGUGGCUGGGCUACUUGGGCCUGCUUCUGCUCGACGUUGCCAUCUGCCUGCUGGUGCUGGUGGGUCUCAUCCGCAGCUCCAAGGGCAUCCUGGUUGGGGUCUGCCUGCUGGGCGUCCUGGCCCUGGUCAUCAGCUGGGGUGCACUGGGCGUGGAGCUGGCUGCGUCUGUGGGUUCCAGCGACUUCUGUGUGGACCCCGACACCUAUGUGACCAGGAUGGUGGAGGAGCACUCGGUGCUGAGUGGGGACAUCCUGCAGUACUACCUGGCCUGCUCGCCCCGCGCCUCCAACCCCUUCCAGCAGAAGCUGUCGGGCAGCCACAAGGCGCUGGUGGAGAUGCAGGACAUCGUGGCCGAGCUGCUGAAGACCGCGCCCCGGGAGGCCCCGGCCACCAAGGAUCCUCUGCUUCGUGUCCAGGAGGUGCUGAACGGCACAGAGGUGAACCUGCAGCACCUCACGGCCCUGGUGGACUGCCGCAGCCUGCACCUGGACUACGUGCAGGCCUUGACUGGCUUCUGCUAUGAUGGCGUUGAGGGCCUCAUCUACCUGGCGCUGUUCUCCUUCGUCACCGCCCUCAUGUUCAGCUCCAUUGUCUGCAGCGUCCCACACACCUGGCAGCAGAGGAGAGGCCCAGACGAGGACGGGGAGGAGGAGGCCGGCCCGGGGCCACGGCAGGCGCAUGACAGCCUCUACCGCGUCCACAUGCCCAGCCUGUACAGCUGCGGUAGCAGCUACGGCAGCGAGGCCAGCAUCCCAGCCGCGGCCCACACCGUCAGCAACGCCCCGGUCACCGAGUACAUGAGCCAGAAUGCCAAUUUCCAGAACCCCCGCUGUGAGAACACCCCCCUCAUUGGGCGAGAGUCCCCACCACCCUCACGGUAUCUGGCUGCCCUGGACUCUGGCAGCCACACGGGCUGGCAGUUUAAGCCCCUGGACAGUGCCCGAGCGCGGUGGUGGCCGUGCCCUCAGAGUGACAGUACACGUCCAGCAUGAGAGCCAAAUACCUCGCCACGAGCCAGCCUCGCCCCGACUCCAGCGGCAGCGGCCACUAGACCACCAGGCCGGCCACCGCCCCACGUGCCAAUCACCCUGUGGUCCCCAGGCCAGCACUGACGCUCCCACCUCCCUCUGGGCCGCCUGCCAGGCCCUCCCCUCCCCUUCCUGCAGGAGCCUGGAGUUCCCAGCAGGGACCCCAGCCACACGUCCCGGACACCUGCGAGCGCUGCCAGGGGACAUCCCAGCCCCACGCCCUCUGUCCUCCCGGGGUUCAGGUUCACAGAGCCCUGCUCCAGACACCCCUGGCCUGCUCCUGCAGCACGGGGACCCUCAAAUCUGCAGCUUCCACCUCGCCAUGCCCUCCUUCCCUCUGCAGCCCUGGGUCGCUUCUGUGCCCUGGUGCCGGCACCUCCUUGCUCCGCUCUGUGGUGUGUCCCUUCUCUCCCACCCAGCGCAGGCCCCUCCCACCAGUGGCCAAAAGCCUCCCGAGGGGCGACCUUUUCUGCCUCCGCCCAGCAUCGCUUUCUCCCUCAGCAGCCGCAGCACCAGGCCCUCCACACCGCAGGAGGCCCCAGGUGUCACGGCCAGUGUAAGCCGCCCACCCAGUGCUGGCCGCCUUCUUGGUGCCAAACCCCCUCCCUCUCUCCCCAGACUUGGCAGCUGGUUCCAGUUCCCUCUUGCACUAACCACACUCAUCAUCUCUAGGGCAGGCAGGCCACGGGGCUGCUGGUGAGCGCACUUCCUCCCGUCCCCCUUCCAUCCAGGACAGGUGCAGUGUCCCGGAGCCCAGGCUUGGGGAUUGGACCCGAGCCUCCUGUGAAUGAGCCCCAGCCCCUGCCGCCCCUGGGGACUAACCACUAACCUCACCCCAGUCACCCACCGGGGUUCCCCGGCCAGGCUGGCGAGUGUAACCCCGAGUCCAGGACAGCCGGCCGGGAGUCAGGCCGGCACCGCCAGUUCUUCUUGGGUGCUGCUGUGGGGGGCACAGGCAGCCUGCCCAGGCCCCGGAGAGGCCUCCCCAGAAUGGUGUCGCCCCAGGCAGACUGAGGGCUGCAGGACCGAGGUCCCUGUGGCCUUGGUCUCCCUACCUGUGAAGUGGGAGCAAGGCUCCCUUGGGUGCUUUUGGCUUCAGUGUACAAUGUUUGCCAUUUCCUGCCGUGGGCGGGCCAACCCCAUGUCAGGACAGGAAGGCCCCUGCCAGCCCCAGCCCUGGCUUGGCCGGCCUCACACAGAGGGGCUGGUGCUGGCUGUGGCCUGUGAGGCCCCUGGCCGGGGUCCCACAGAGGGAGCCAGGCAGCUGGCUGGGCAGUUUACAGAUCAGGGGGCGGCAGGGACGCUAACUCCCAGAGCGAGGGCAGCACCCCUUCCUGGGCCUGCUUCAGAGAGGCCGCCUCCCUCCCACUGGGACCUUCUUUCUUUGUGCUGGUGUCUGGGACCAAAAGGGCAGGGACCAAGCCACAUCUGCCCCACCAGGGGUCAGCCUCUGCCCUGGGAAGGGAGGGGGCACUAGAGGACCCACCCUGGGCUCCUGGCAUGGCCAGACCUUGCCCUCGCUGCACUGUGGGGCCCUCCAGGGGCCGGGCCACAGCCCGUCUGCCCACUGGUGCCCUGGGCUCCGCCCCAUGGCCAUGGUGGGAGCAUUCAGACCUCCCGUCAGGAGAGCCCCGCAGUCUUGCGGUGCCCGCCAUGUGCUCCCCACAGCCCUGGCAAGGCCGCCUCAGGUGAAUGUGGGUCUCAAGGGCAGCAGCCCUGCCCACGACCUGUGACGACUUGGUGCCCCCUGUGCGGGCAGGCUGUGCCCACUUGCCUGUGAGGACCCCCUGUUUCUUCACUCACCGACGCUGGACACAGGAGGAGGAGGAAUCCAGGGGGUUCAAAGAUGAGCUUCAGCCAUGGGGCGGGGUCCCGUAUUGGUUUUCCUUUUGUUCUGUGUUGGGGCCUCUUCCUGGCCAUCCCCCACCCUGCUAGCCUGCCCACACCCCUGCACCAGUCCCCCACCCCACUAACCUCUCCACACAUCCCCACCCCUGCACCAGUGGGCCUUGGGCCCCUCUGGCCCUGCAGCAUCCUGGGGGCUGGGUCCUCGACCAUGUGGGGGGCAGGGAGCCUACAAAGCCCCCCACAGGGCUCAGGCCCCACAAGCCGGGUGAGCAGGAGGCGGGGUCCAGCUGGAACACCUGGCCAGCGGGCCCCGGCUGCUGCCCCAGGCGGGGGUAGUGAGCGGGAGGCCUGGUCGGAAGCCCCGGACCCUUCUCCCAGCCCCACCCACCCCAUCUCACUAUGCAAUUCCCAUCCAAGGACCUGCCCCUGCCCACCCCAGAUCCUGCCCAGCCUAGGAGGAGAGUGGGUGGCAGCCCCCUGGGGUCCCGGUGGGGGCAGCCGGGGGAAGUUUUGGUUCAGCCAUCACACGCUCAUGUUUGCUACACACGGUCUCCAGAUAAUUUCGUUGAGACUCCACCCCUCCUGGCCCCCUCCCACCAGAUUUAAUGUCCGAGCUGACUGGGGACAGAGGCCUGAGCCACGGGUCACUGACCUCUGACCUCCCCAGGGCCAUGGCUGGAUAUGCUGUCGCUGUGUUUGUUUUUUCUUUAUUUUUCCCCCCAAACUGGACUUGGGGUUUAAUUUUUAUAUCUUUGGGGCUUUAUUUUUCUUGGCAAAUACUAAAAUCUCAUCAAUAUAAUUUCCGUGGUUUCUAUUCAGCUUGGGUUUCAUGUUUUAAAAUAAACAAAUUUUA